AAUCUGCAGAGACAGAGUUUAUUGAAGGACAGAGAGAACAUGAGAGAUCCAGAACCCUGCAGAAUGAAACACACUGAAGAACAAACAGAGUUGAUUGAAGAAAACGAGGAGGAUGAAGAACUGAAUGAAGAGGAGAAAAAUCACGUCAAAACUGGAGAAAAACCUUUGAGUCGCUCUCAAACCAAAGAGAAAGAUUUAAAGAAAAGAAGAGCUAAGUCAAAGGAGAAACCACAUUCAUGUUCUUUCUGUGGAAAGAGGUUUUCACAUCUGCGUAAUUUAAAAGUACAUCAGAAGAUACAUACUGGUGUGAGAGAAUAUAUGUGCUUUGAGUGUGAGAAGACUUUUAUUACAGCUGCAGAAUUAAAACAGCACGAGAGAAUUCACACUGGAGAGAAACCUUACAAGUGUUCACACUGCGACAAGAGAUUCAGUCAGUCAGGAGACCUGAAAACACACGAGAGGAUUCACACUGGAGAGAAACCUUACAAGUGUUCACACUGCGACAAGAGAUUCAGUCAGUCAGCACAUCUGAAAAGACAUGAGAGGAUUCACACUGGAGAGAAACUGUAUCACUGCACUGUAUGCGGGAAGAGUUUCAGUCAUUCAUCUUCUCUACUCAUGCAUAACAAAAAGAUUCACAGUCAUUGUGGGCUUCAGCCUCUGAAGAAUCCCCUGAAAGUUCAUACAAAGGAGAAACACAUUCAUGUUCUUUGUGAGGAAAGUUUUUCAGAACUGCAGAGUUUAAAAGUUCAUCAGAAGAUACACACUGCUGUGAGAGAUCAUAUGUGCUUUGAGUGUGAGAAGACUUUUAUUACAGCUGAAGAUCUGAAGCGGCUCCAGAGGAUCCACACUGGAGAGAAACCUUACAGCUUCAUCUGUCAGAUUCAGAUCAACUCAAAGAUGGAGUUCCUCCUCAAAGAACAAUAUCUAAGAGUUUUAUUCUUGUCAUUUUACUUCAUGAUUUUAAUUAUAUCAUUUUUGUACUUUGGUCUUAACACCUUUAACCCUGUUAAUUAUUAUUCUCAGAUGAUACACACUGGUGUGAGAGAUCAUGUGUGCUUUGACUGUGGGAAAAGUUUUAUUAGAUCUCAACAACUGAAACAGCACCGGAGGAUCCACACUGGAGAGAAACCUUACAAGUGUUCACACUGUGACAAGAGAUUCAGUCAGUCAUCACAACUGAAAACACAUGAGAGGAUACACACUGCAGAGAAACCUUACAAGUGUUUACACUGCGAUGAGAGAUUCUGCCAUUCAGCACAACUGAAAACACAUGAGAGGAUCCACACUGGAGAGAAACCUUACAAGUGUUUACACUGCGAUGAGAGAUUCAGCCAUUCAGCACAAUUGAAAACACAUGAGAGGAUACACACUGGAGAGAAACCGUGUCAAUCACAAUACGCAGAUCAUCUUCAGAUGAUCCACACCAAACUUGACACAAUAAUGCAUUGA